AUGCAUUGUCAUGCUUCAAUCUUAAAGAAUAACGACUCCCUAGUCUCACAACAAAAUACACAGCCAAUUUUAAACAUUCUAGCCUCACAAAAUAAUAUAACAAAAACUCUUUGUACUACUUCAGCCUCACAAAAUAAUACAACAAACACUUUUCAUAUCUCACCAGCUUCAGGUACUUCAGAUUCACAACAAAAUACAAGUCAUUAUAUCCUAACUUUAAAAGAGUGCAUGCUUUGGGCAUCAGAUUUUACCAAAAUAAUCGAUGAUAAUAAAAGUAAUGUGCCUGUUUAUAAUAUAACUAGAAAUACGCUUAUGGAACUUAUCGAUUAUCCUCACGAAGAAAUUACAAGAUCAAGAGAAGAAGUUGAACGGUGGAAAAAGAAAACUCACUUUUGGCAAAAACAGCAUGGUAUUAUUAUCAAGCAGAUUAAAAGUGUUCGUGAUGAUGCAGAAAUGAAGGAGAUAUUAAAAACUUUACCAAAUAACUUCGAAAUGAAAUAUGAUCAAGUAUUUAAUAGCUCAGACAAUAAAAGAAUCUGGCAACAAUUAGUACCAGAAAUAUUAAGAUCAUUACGAUCUCGAUACAACCCUUUAUAUAAUCAAUUGAAGAAGAUUUCAGAAUACCAUUCAUCUGAGGAAUCAGAAACAGAUCAGAAAAAUGAUGAAGGAAAAUACCAGAUAGUCGUAUAUGAUUAUUUCUGGCGUUCAAAUGAGCAUGCAUUAUUACAACAAUUAGCUCAGCUAACGAGACCUCAGAUUUAUGAUGAUAUUUGUUUCUGCAAAAACGUAUUAUCGCUAAAAAAUGCAACUGAAGAAGAACAUAUAUUUAGUGAAUCUUCAACAACCGGUAUGAUAAAAGGAGUAAUUUUACAAAAUGAACAAAAUGAAGACGUUCUACAAUAUGAUGACACUCUACAAGGCGAUGACAAUUACGAUAACAUCCCAUAA